AAACUUCCCUCACUCUAUCCGUACAGAACACUCAAACGGCAUUUUCUACUACAUACUGAUUGUUCUGUGAAGCAUAUCCUCGGUGUAUCCAAAGCUACCUUUAAGAGAAAGAGAGGACCCUUCUGUGGACCCGAAUAUUUUAUCUUCUUACAGAUCUGGUCUGAGCUUGGCCACAGGGUUCCCCUCCAAUCCGCCAUGGAUUCUGACGAUGACGCCCCGCCUGAUCUGGUAAAGGUGCAUACCCCGGAGGAAGAAGGAGAGGAAGACGGGCGUCCUAGGGACAAUGGGGGCAAGGUCCCCAUUACCAUUGUGACGGGCUAUCUUGGUGCUGGGAAGACGACUCUUCUCAACUACAUUUUGACGGCUCGGCAUGGAAAGAAGAUUGCUGUCAUCAUGAACGAGUUUGGCGACUCACUCGACAUUGAAAAGUCUCUCACCGUGAAUAAGGGUGACAGUCAAGUGGAGGAGUGGCUGGAAGUUGGCAACGGUUGCAUUUGCUGCUCUGUCAAGGACUCUGGCGUCAAUGCCAUCGAAUCCCUUAUGGCAAAGAAGGGCGCAUUCGACUUUAUCCUGCUGGAAACCACAGGCUUGGCUGAUCCUGGGAACCUCGCCCCUUUGUUCUGGGUCGACGACGGCCUAGGAAGCACCAUCUACUUGGACGGUAUUGUGACCCUCGUAGACGCGAAGAACAUCCUUCGCAGUCUCGACGAUCCCGCCGGCAAGGUUGAAAUCGACGAGCACCACAAUGACGACGACCAUGGGCACGGCCCGCUUAUGACGACCGCGCACGUCCAGAUCUCGCACGCCGAUGUCGUUGUCGUCAACAAGGCGGACCUUGUAUCCGAUGAAGAGCUGAAGCAAGUCAUUGCGAGGGUAGAGUCCAUCAAUGGUCUCGCCUUGAUCCACGUCACUAAGCAGGGCGAGGUACCCAACCUUGAGGGCUUCCUGCUGAAUUUGCAUGCAUACGACAAGGUUCCAGAGCUUGAUGCUAGGCCAAAGGGUCACAAUCACCCAGACCCCACCAUUUCCACCGUCUCGGUGCCGGUGCCAAUGCUGAGGCGUUCACAGCUUGACGUUGUCGACGAAUGGAUGCGUGCAGUUCUUUGGGACCAUCGAGUGCCUGGAGAUGAGACGGCGGUAGUGGAGGUCCAUCGGUCAAAGGGUCGGAUCGUGUUCGAAGACGGCCACACAAUGUUUGCCCAGGGCGUUCGGGAGACGUUCGAGAUAACGGCUUCGUCGCAAAACACACGUGAGGCGGCGGGAGCCCAGGACGGUAAAAUCGUACUUAUUGGAAGAUAUCUAAAGGGCCUCGACUUUGAGAAGAGUCUUGUAGACCUUCUUGACUUGAGAGCAAAGGGAAAAGAUGAUCUGCACGACGCAGACAAGUCAAAUGAGUAGAACACGUUGCGAUUUGUGCACCUUCACUUGGCAGGUAGUUAGUUGGUGAUGUUUCCUUCUCUGGCGCAGUCAGUCUUGAAGACACUUUGUAACUGGUAAGAAGCAGCUUGUAUACGGACUUCGAGCGAAGGCGCUUAACAUUAAGAGCCCAAGUGGGAGAAGAUGGACCAUCCAAAUGGGUGGACUAAGUAGCCUCACCACGGUGGACUGAAGAUUUGGUGGAAGACUUGACUAGAAGACGCUCAGAGUGGUUUGGAUGCUCCUCGUCAUCCAUGCCGCAUAGGGACAGCCUGCCUUAGCGGCUCCAGGACCAGAGCGAGACCUUGGGACAAGAAGCGUUGCUCACAUACAUCGUCAACACCCGGUCAUUGCGGAAGCUGUCAUCCCAUGUAUC